UAUUUUGUUUCUCUCCCAGUUGUAUCACUGGGCCAGUUUCUUUCUUUUUUUUUUUUUUUUUUUUUUUACAGCUGAGUGUUUAACACACUUAAAAACUCUGCUCUAUUGAAGCGGAAGCUUUGCUAAUGAAUUGCCCUAACCUGCCUCAAAAACAGGUGUUCUUUCUUUGGUCAUCUCAAUAGGAUCCAUUGAAAAGAAGCACAUGCCAAUAAAAGAGGAUCAAAGACAAAACCUUGCAUGGCUCAUGUCCAUAGCGGCAGGCAAUGUUCUAUGAGAGAGAGUUCCCAGAGUGCAUCUAUAGACCUUCAAAGUACUGUUUGUUUGCUUUGUGGCAACAGGGCUUAAGAACUUCCUGAAAAAGAAAUAAAAGGAGUAUUUAAGUAAAAAGGGGGCAAAGCAGACAAGGAGAGCACAAUAAGGCACAAAGUCGUGAUGAUUCAAAAUUUCUUGCCCACUUAGACUGAAAAUAAUGCCCUACUCUUUUUUUUUUAUUUUGUUUGAUAUAUUUAGUCCAAAACUUGCCAAUAAGUAAACAAGUUGCUCCAAACUAGUGUGGACAAGUACAGUUCAGAACAUAUUUAGGCUAAUCAUUAUUUUAAUAUGUUUUACUAGGAAUAAUGCUUAACCAGUGCUGAUACUCCUCCCAUAAUUAUCAGCUUGUAAUAACUGGAGCAGCAUAUUGAUAAUUAUAGGCAUAAAGAUCCUGUGGCCUGUAAAGUACAGUUUUGAAGUCUGUCCUUAAAGCUGUCCUGUUCUGUAUUAUGUUCAUUUCCUCAUUUUUACAGCAGUAGUGUGGUGUACACUCACUGACCGCACUGCCUGUAACGCUCAUUUGGCUCCACCUUCAGCUGCCCAGCACAGGUGUGUCUUCACCUGUGACAAAACCUGGUAUGUAGUGACACGCAUGCUGAUUGCGCCAAAAGGUGUUUAAUAGAUGGUUGAACACGUGUGCCAAAUGUAAGCGCAGCGACCUGAGUGGAAACCAUGGGCAGAUUUUGGAACGAGCUGUUAAUGGUGCUGAUGCUGGCGGAUAUUUUGGUCAUGGCGUUGGCGCGCAAAGAAGGCAAAGGGCGGAAACGUAAAGUGGAGGGCCAGCAGGACGCGCAGCCGCAGCGCAACGCCACUUCUUUCCAGAUCCCCCUCGACCCCAUACUGACCGGAGACCACACAGCCGGAGACGGAGAACACGAGGUGGACUUCGACAAGGCCAUCGAUGACAUGGUGUCCCAGGUGAGGAACAACCCGGCUCUGUCCAAAAGCAAGUGCGUGGUGGACCGCCACCUGUGGAUGUCCAACAGUCGAAGCCUCUCUCCGUGGUCCUACAGGAUCAAUCACGAUGAGAACCGCAGGCCCGUCGACAUACCGGAGGCCAAGUGCGCAUGCGCGGGCUGCAUUAACCCCUUCACCAUGCAGGAGGACCGCUCAAUGACCAGCGUGCUCAUCUACGCCAAGAUCCCGGUGCGGCGGCUGCAGUGUCCCCGCAAGAAGAAGAAGAAGUGCGUGCCGCGUUACCGCACCGUGGUGGAGAGCAUCGCUGUGGGCUGCACGUGCAUAGCAGGCUGACCACCAAACCAGUCUUCACGAACUCUCACUCUGAUCACGUGAUUUCAUUAUUCCUACUGUUCAUGUGCAUGCUUAAAGUCAAGUUACUGAACCAAACCUAAAGAGAAACACAGUGUAUCCUACUACACCAGUGUAUCCUACUACACCAGAGCAAAUAUCUGGCCAUUUUGUCACAAUUGAGUAUUGCUGUUGUUGUUGUUGUUUUUCUUUGUACUGAUUAUAAUAGCCUUAUUAUUAUUAGCCAUCUAAUUAUUUAGUUACUAUUUGCUACUUGUUAUGCAGUUAAGCCAAGUUAAGUCAUUUUUCUGUUUCAUUCCAUCAGCAGGGACUUAGUGAGGCAACAUGAAAACCACUCUUUUUUGAAAGCUACUCUUUUUUUCUUACUCUUUAGGCCACAAGGCCAAAUGCAGCUGUAUUGUGUGUAUUUCUUUCCCAUUGAACGCAUAGAGAGCAAUUUUUUAUUUUAUAAUAGUAUCACAUUUAAGCAUAUGUGGAACCGAGAUUUUCAUUGUCAUGGUUACACUUUGCUGCUUUUCUUUUCUUUUCUUUUUUUUUUUAAUUAUGCUGUUGCUGAAACAGUUGCUUCAGAGAUUAAUCACAAACAUCAUGCUUUGUAAAUGCCUCAUGAGCUCAGGGCUAUUAUUUUGCUCCAUUGUAAAAAAAAAAAUAAUAAUAAUAAUGCAUGCAUUUAUUACUGACACAGUAUGUAGGGUUAGAUAUGCUAAAAGGUUAACAAAUAAAUUACUCAAAUACAUUAAUAAAAAUUUUUUUAAAUAAA